UGUUUUAGGGAACAGCCUAUAAGAGCUGGAAGAUGAAAGCUCCGAUUCCGCACUUGAUUCUUCUAUAUGCAACUUUUACUCAGAGUUUGAAGGUUGUGACCAAAAGAGGCUCUGCUGAUGGAUGCACCGAUUGGUCUGUCGAUAUUAAGAAAUAUCAAGUUCUGGUGGGAGAGCCUGUUCGUAUCAAAUGUGCACUGUUUUAUGGCUAUAUCAGAGCAAAUUACUCCGUAGCCCAAAGCGCUGGACUCAGUUUGAUGUGGUACAAAAGCUCUGGUCCUGGAGACUUUGAAGAGCCAAUAGCCUUCGAUGGAAGUAGAAUGAGCAAAGAAGAAGACUCCAUUUGGUUCCGGCCGACGUUACUGCAGGACAGUGGUCUUUAUGCUUGCGUCAUCAGAAACUCCACUUACUGUAUGAAAGUAUCCAUCUCACUGACAGUGGGUGAAAAUGACACUGGACUCUGCUACAAUUCCAAGAUGAAGUACUUUGAUAAAGCUGAACUGAGCAAAAGCAAGGAAAUUUCCUGCCGUGACAUAGAAGAUUUUUUACUACCAACCAGAGAACCUGAAAUCCUAUGGUAUAAGGAAUGUAGGACAAAAACAUGGAGACCAAGUAUUGUAUUCAAAAGAGAUACCCUGCUUAUAAGAGAAGUCAGAGAAGAUGACAUUGGAAAUUAUACGUGUGAGUUAAAAUAUGGAGGCUUUGUUGUGAGAAGAACCACGGAAUUAACUGUUACAGCCCCUCUGACCGAUAAGCCACCCAAGCUUUUGUAUCCUGUGGACAGUAAACUGACAAUUCAGGAGACCCAGCUGGGUGACUCAGCUAAUCUAACCUGCAGAGCUUUCUUCGGGUACAGUGGAGAUGUCAGUCCUUUAAUUUACUGGAUGAAGGGAGAAAAGUUUAUUGAAGAUCUGGAUGAAAAUCGAGUCUGGGAAAGUGACAUUAGAAUUCUCAAGGAGCAUCUUGGGGAACAGGAAGUUUCCAUCUCAUUAAUUGUGGACUCUGUACAAGAAGGUGACUUGGGAAAUUACUCCUGUUAUGUCGAAAAUGGAAAUGGACGUCGGCAUGCCAGCAUUCUCCUUCACAAACGUGAGCUGAUGUACACAGUUGAACUUGCUGGAGGGCUUGGUGCGAUCCUUUUGCUGCUUGUUUGUUUGGUGACCAUCUACAAGUGUUACAAAAUAGAAAUCAUGCUCUUCUACAGGAAUCAUUUUGGUGCUGAGGAGCUGGAUGGAGACAAUAAAGAUUAUGAUGCAUACUUAUCAUACACCAAAGUGGAUCCUGACCAAUGGAAUCAAGAGACUGGGGAAGAAGAACGCUUUGCUCUAGAAAUCCUACCUGAUAUGCUUGAAAAGCACUAUGGAUAUAAGUUGUUUAUACCAGAUAGAGAUUUAAUCCCAACUGGAACAUACAUUGAAGAUGUAGCAAGGUGUGUAGAUCAAAGCAAGCGGCUGAUUAUUGUCAUGACCCCAAAUUAUGUAGUCAGAAGGGGCUGGAGCAUCUUUGAGCUGGAGACCAGACUUCGCAACAUGCUUGUGACUGGAGAAAUUAAAGUGAUAUUAAUUGAAUGCAGUGAACUCCGAGGAAUUAUGAACUACCAAGAGGUGGAGGCCCUCAAGCACACCAUCAAGCUCCUGACGGUUAUUAAAUGGCAUGGACCAAAAUGCAACAAGUUGAACUCUAAGUUCUGGAAACGUUUACAAUAUGAAAUGCCUUUUAAGAGGAUAGAACCCAUUACACACGAGCAGGCUUUAGAUGUUAGCGAGCAGGGGCCUUUUGGGGAGCUGCAGACUGUCUCGGCCAUUUCCAUGGCUGCGGCCACCUCCACAGCUCUAGCCACUGCCCAUCCUGAUCUCCGUUCCACCUUUCACAACACGUACCAUUCACAAAUGCGUCAGAAACACUACUACCGAAGCUAUGAGUAUGACGUACCUCCUACCGGCACCCUGCCUCUUACCUCCAUAGGAAAUCAGCAUACCUACUGUAACAUCCCUAUGACACUCAUCAAUGGGCAGCGGCCACAGACAAAAUCUAGCAGGGAGCAGAAUCCAGAUGAGGCCCACACAAACAGUGCCAUCCUGCCGCUGUUGCCAAGGGAGACCAGUAUAUCCAGUGUGAUUUGGUGACAGAAAAGCAAGGGACACCCAGUCCCGGGAGCUUGAGUAGAGUCUGCAGUCCAGUGCCUGGAACUAAAUCCUCGACUGCUGCUGUUAAAAACAUGCAUUACAAUCUCUAGAACACGAGGAAAAACAGGGUCUUGUACAUAUGUUUUUUGCAAUUUCUUUGUAGCAUCAGUGUUCCUGUUUUACCAUGUCUCUUAUCCAUUACAUUUUUUUGACUUUGUUUUAUAUGUCAUUGGAAUUUGUAAAUUUACAUUUUUUUAAAGAAGAGACUUAUGUAUAGAUAGAAAACCCUUUUUUGCUUCAUGAGUUUAGUUUUAGAAUGGGUUUUAUUUCCUUUUCUUGAUUUUGUUUUGCUUUUAACAUUUCCUUGGGGUGCUUGGACAAAUCUAUCCAAUGGGACAAGGAGCACCGGAUCCUCUCUUGGGUUCUGCCUAGGAUCAGCAGGGCCAUGUGGGCCUUCAGAGAGCAGUGCAACGAAUGCCAGCAUUGCCAUUUGGGGGAAAAAAAAAGAUGAGAACACUUGUUCAUAGGAGGGCCCUGCCAUUCAGAGCCCUGAAAAUCUUCCUUGUCCCGCCUCAUUCCCCACCUCUACCCUUCUAAUGGCGGCAUGAUGUGUAAACUCUGAUGAGGGGUGGGGGUAGGUCUAACUGUCUUAACAUUUAAUUCACUGCUCGUCAGAAUACACUCCAGACCCAAAAGUGUGCUAGUCACUUGACUGUGACUACUACAGAAUGCUAAGAAGAGAAGAUCAAGGGUAUGAAAAUGGGGGAGAGAGUGUUGUUUCCAUUUUUUAAAUGAGUUGAUGUACCCUUAUAUAAAUAUAUAUAAAUAUAUAUAUAUAUAUAUAAACAUACAACAAAACAAAA